AAAUUCACUUCCUUGAGAAAAUGAAAAAUGUCUCGCUUUCCUGUUUUGUCAUCGUAGGUGCAGCAUGUGUCAAAGUGACAUAAUGAGAAAAAGCUUUAAAGGCUCCAGGAGCAUCACAUCACGUCUGAAUCUGUGGUGUGGACUGAUUCUUUAAGAGUGUUCAUUGCAUCUAGUGACCAUGACGUUGACAGUGGGUCUCAGUAAAGUUGUUUUAGUGGUCUACGGAUUCACACUGAUCACAGGCCUUCCCGCCAACAUUUUGGCUUUCUACACCUUCUUUAAGAAGGUCCGCCAGCGCUCCACCCCGAUGGACGUGCUGUUACUCAGUUUAACCAUCUCUGACCUGAUCUUCCUCCUUUUCCUGCCGUUUCGCAUGGUGGAGGUGGCCAACAUGAAAUGGACUCUUCCUUACUUCCUCUGCCCGCUGUCGGGAUUCAUCUUUUACUCGGUCAUCGCCAACAGCGUCCUUCACCUGACGGCCAUCAGCGUGGAGCGCUUCCUGGGUGUGGCUUUCCCCAUUAAAUACAAGCUCAAACGCAACCCCAGAAGUGCAGGGAUUGCCUGCAUCAUAUUCUCGGUGGUGUCAAUGGGACACUGCAGUAUCAUCUACAUCAUGCAAUACCACAACCAUUUCAACCCCAACAUCAGUGAUCCAUCCAAACGUAACACCUGCUAUGAAGAAUUCACUGAUGAACAACUGAAGAUCCUCCUACCGUUUCGACUGGAGCUUUCUGUUGUCUUCUUCCUCAUCCCUUUCAUCAUCUGCUGCUUCUGCUACAUCCAAUGCAUCCGCAUACUUUCCCGGCUAUCCAAUGUUAACGUCAAGAAGCGGUAUAGAGCCAUCGGGAUGGCGUUGGGCACGCUUCUGGUCUUCAUUAUCUGUUUCAUGCCCUUCAACAUCUCACAUUGGGAGGGAUUCAUAAGCGGCCAAAGCUCUAAAUGGAGACAACCUGCUUUACUCACCAGCACGCUGAAUGCAUGUCUCGACCCUUUCAUUUUCUACUUCUCUUCUUCCGCACUCAGAGGGACUUUCAAGAAGGUUUUGCAGGGACUGGCAGCGCGUUUUCUCCUUCCUUGCUGCCGCUCAGCUCUCUACUGCCCAUUAUUCAACCGUGGCAAACCAGACGAGCGAACGCAGAGCACUGAUGACAGCAUCCGCUAACAUUUCAAGUCAGUUUUUGCAUUGAAUAAUCUGCCUGCAUGUGCAUCAUCAAUACAUAUGAUUCAGCCCAAAGCCGAUUGAUAAUAAUAAUUCUGAUGCACCACCAUGACCCAAUGCUUUAUGGAUAGACGACCAGCAUAGAAAUGCUUCCAGCAUUAUUGCAUGACUAUUUAACCUACACCUUUGCAGCAGCUGUUUCGCACACAAUGAAAUGAAGAGCAUGAGUGUACAAAUUUGCAGUGCAAAAAGCAAUUGUAUCCGAACUAAUAUGCAGCAUUGACUAACAGCAAUGCUAUAAAUAUAAUCAAAACAACUUUGUAAAACAAAGUUUUGUUGCUACUAAUAUUUUAAUAAAAGAAACUCAAAAUUAA